AUGUUAGUAUUAGCAGGCAUUGAAGACCUCGAGGUCCCCGCGACAUCGUUAUCUCGUUUCGGAAAGCUACCUGCUGAAAUUCGAUGCGCAAUCUGGCGGGCCUCUCUCCCUCCUCCCCGAGUUUACGAACCCCACCUGAGAGGCAUCGAUGCCGAUCUAAAACCAACUAAAUUUUUUGAAGAAUGGGCACCGCCAGAGAUGAGAGAGUCUUGCCGAGAAGCAUACAACAUAUGCAUGUCAGCAGGUAAAUUCAGGUUUGGGUACUUCGAAAACUCCCACGUUAGAGGCCUUUGGUACAACAACGACGUCGACGCUAUAUAUUACUCCUGUCAGGAUCAGUUGGGAAGCAACUGCUUGGACGGCAUUAAAAACAUCUAUACAUCUAUGGACAUGGCUUUGAGCGGAGAUUGCGUUGACGUCUUGAUCUAUGACCAUGGGCUUCAUUUAUGCCAGCGACUCGUUGUUGCAAUGUGGCCAAAGUAUCCAAUGAGACCUGAGAUACUUUCCAGGAUACUGGAGAUGACGAAGCCAACCUUCCGGCGAAUACGAGAUCAAGACAUUGUGGGAAUCAACGAGUACGAUAAUCAAGAUUAUCCAGAGGGGGCUGAGGGCGCGCCGAUUACCUGGGGCGAGGUUAAGCAAGUCCUUCAGAAUCUUUUGGAACAAGGGCGACAACAUGUGAGUGGAAACAAAAGCAAAUGGGAAAGUAAAGGUCCCUUCGCCUUGGAAGCCGUAGAAGUUUUUCGGAAAUGA